AUGAGGUGGAUCCUGUUGCUUGGUGCCUUAAUUGGGCAAAUCUACUGCCGAGAAACAUUUGUUGGACAUCAGGUUCUUGAGAUAAUACCGAGGAAUGAAGAACAGAUCCAGAACCUGGAGCAACUAGAGGCACAAGAUCAUCUUGAGAUUGAUUUCUGGAGAUCGCCUACCGUCCCAGAGCAAACUGUUCAUGUCCGAAUUCCCUUCAGCAGCCUCCAAGAUGUCAAAAUUUUCUUGGAGUCCCAAGGGAUUGCUUACUCUGUUAUGAUCAAAGACCUGCAGGUCCUGCUGGAUGAAGAAAAUGAAGAGAUGCUAAUGAACCAGAGGCAAGAACGUAGUAGUGGCUUCAACUUCGGGGCCUACCAUUCCUUGGAUGAGAUUUUCCAGGAGAUGGACCAACUUGCCGCUGCGUACCCCACCCUUGUGAGCAAACUGCAAAUUGGAAGUUCUUUUGAAAACCGACCCAUGAAUGUGCUUAAGUUCAGCACGGGAGGAAACAAACCUGCAAUCUGGUUGGACGCGGGGAUCCAUUCUCGAGAGUGGGUCACUCAGGCUACAGCCCUGUGGACAGCAAACAAGAUCGCAUCUGAUUACGGGAAGGAUCCAUCCAUCACCUCGCUCUUGGACACCAUGGAUAUUUUCCUGCUGCCUGUCACCAACCCAGAUGGAUACGUCUUCUCUCAGACCAAGAAUCGCAUGUGGCGGAAGACCCGAUCCAAAAUCCCAGGGAGCCUCUGCUUUGGAGUGGAUCCAAACAGGAAUUGGGACGCGGGUUUUGGAGGACCUGGAGCGAGUAACAACCCCUGCUCUGAUUCCUACCAUGGACCCAGCGCCAACUCUGAAGUGGAAGUGCAAUCCAUCGUAGAGUUUAUCAAGAGCCAUGGCAACAUCAAAGCCUUCAUCACCCUUCACAGUUACUCCCAGCUACUGAUGUACCCCUACGGAUAUAAAUGCACGAAGUUGGAUGACUUUGACGAACUGAAUAUCUUGGCCAAUUCUGCUGCCCAAGCGUUGACAAGCUUGUACGGUACCAACUACAAAGUGGGACCCAUUUGUUCCAUCAUCUACCAAGCCAGUGGCGGUAGCAUUGACUGGUCCUAUGACUACGGCAUCAAAUACUCCUUUGCCUUUGAGCUGAGAGAUACAGGUCUCCAUGGCUUCCUCCUGCCGGCUAAUCAAAUCAUUCCCACCGCCGAGGAGACCUGGCUGGGCCUGAAGACCAUCAUGGAGCACGUGCGAGACCACCCAUACUAG